UCUAUGUAUGUAUAUAUGGUGUAGAAAAAGAGAUACAAGAGGAGGAAAGCUGUUCCCUUCAGUAGAGGAAACUACUGUGGAAAAGAAGCAAAUAUGGAGGAGUCGUACAUUUGCUGGUUUUGGCUCAUUAUUUCAUACACACUAGUGUUCUUUUUGUUCAAAGUCUUGGUUUAUCUUUGGUGGAGGCCAAGGGGGAUCCAACUACACUUCUUUAACCAAGGAAUCAAAGGGCCCCAAUACCAUUUCUUGCUAGGCAACACAAAAGAGAUUGUGGGCUUGAUGUCCAAGGCUUCUUCCAACCCCAUGCCUCUCUCUCACAACAUUCUCCCUAGGGUCCUCUCCUUCUAUCACCAUUGGAAGAAAAUCUAUGGUGGAACCUUUCUUGUGUGGUUCGGACCGACGGCUCGACUAACCAUAUCUGAUCCAGUUCUCAUCAGAGAGGUUUUAAACCAGAAAUCAGACUUGUUUGAGAAAACUGAUCCACCUCCACAUGUUAGAAAGCUUGAAGGUGAUGGUUUGUUGACUCUCAAAGGAGAGAAAUGGGUUCACCACAGAAAGAUCAUUGCACCAGCAUUUUACCAACAAAAUCUCAAACUUCUGAUACCGAUAAUGGGAAAGAGCACUGAGAAGAUGCUGGAGAAGUGGCUGGAAAUGUCGAAUUCUGCAGGGACGGUGGAAAUUGAAGUCUCCAAGUGGUUCCAAACUUUGACGGAGGAGAUUAUCACACACACUGCCUUUGGAAGCUGCAGCUAUGAAGAUGGAAAAUCGAUCUUCGAGUUACAAGCACAACAAAUGCUUCUGUCCAUCGAUUCUUAUAGCAAGGUUCUUAUCCCAGGAUUCAGGUUCUUCCCCUCUAGAAAGAAUAGAGUUUCUUGGAGAUUGGAUAAAGAAAUCAAGAAAUCCUUGAAGAAGCUCAUUACCAAGAGGAUAAACAAAGCUCACAACAACAACAAUAGUCCGAUGUCCGAUGAAUGUCCAAAAGAUUUGUUGGAAACGAUGAUCAAAGCGAGCAUGAUGAGAGAAGAAGCGAAUCGAGGGGGUUUGAAUAGUACGAAAUGUUCGUUGGAAUGCGCGUCGACGACGAUCACGGUGGACGAUAUCGUGGAAGAAUGCAAGACCAUGUUCUUCGCCGGGAAACACACGACCUCGGCCUUGCUAACGUGGUCCACCAUCCUGCUCGCCAUGCACCCUCACUGGCAGGAGCUGGCACGUGAGGAGGUCCUCACGGCGUGCGGGGCACGUGAUGUGCCCACAAGAGAUGAUGUUGCCAAUCUCAAGACGUUGGGCAUGAUCCUGAACGAGUCACUCAGAUUAUACCCUCCCGUGGUUGCAAUCCUAAGACGGGCAAAAUUUGACGUGGACUUGGGCGGCUGUACGAUUCCCUGCGGGACCGAGCUCCUCCUACCAAUCUUGCCCGUCCAUCACGAUCAAUCACUGUGGGGCCACGACGCGACUGAAUUCAACCCCGCCCGGUUCGCCGGUGGCGUGGCCCACGCGGCGAAGCAUCCGGCAGCGUUCAUGCCGUUCGGGCUCGGUGGCCGAAGGUGCGUGGGCCAGAACUUGGCGAUUUUGCAGGCGAAACUAGCAAUUGCUAUGAUAUUGCAGCGUUUCUCGUUCGAUCUUGCUCCUAGCUAUCAGCAUGCACCCACGGUCGUGAUGCUCCUAAAUCCACAGCAUGGCGCACCAAUCAUGUUUCGCAAAUUGUAGGUGGGCCGUGGAAAUUAAGGGACAGUUUUUGGACUGACUCGUAAUUUAUCCCUUGAGAAAUGCAAGCAAACUAACAUCGAGUCCAAAUUCAUCUAAAAGGGUUGUAGUGGAUUUUGGGAGUUGUGUUCUUUGUAUCAUUCCAAUUUUAUCGGAUGUCCCCAAAGGGACACGAUAUUUAUUUUUAUGUCUGUAAUAUUUUUGUGUUUAUUAUGAUUUGUUAGAGAGCAAUCUCAGACAA